UGAAACCCCAAACGCCGACCUGGUCCGUUUGAUCUGUUUCUCAGUCGUACCCGGAAGUCCCAUAUGCUGCGCCUCUGGGUUAAGGCGGUAGAAACUGUGCGGACAGACCGUCGCUAGCUUACAGUUGAUAAACGAAUUUAGCUACAAUGGGUUUGCCAUCUAGGUGUUGCUGACCUCCUAUGGAAGUGGACCUCCUCCCUCCAGAAGCGCCAUGCGAGGGUAUCACUCCAAGCUGGACUCAUCCUCUUCUGCUGGGGGUACGGGUGGCUCCAUGCCCCUGAGCCUGGCCGUGGAGACGGAGAAAGCCCAGGCAUUGCUCCAGACCUUCUCCUCUGCCUCCCUACUGGCCAGCACUGCGCUGGGGGCCUUCUGUGUGCUAGCUGACCACGUCAUGCAGCUGACCCUACUCCAACAGCACCUGUGGCUGCGGGCAGUGCUGGACAACACCGUCCAUUGUCUGAUAGGCCUCUGGUCCUGGGCUAUCGUCAUUGGCCUCAAGAAGAAGAGUGACUUCUAUGAAGUUAUCUUAGCAGGGAUACUGGCCUCUGUUAUAGACCUGGAUCACUUCUAUAUGGCUGGCUCUCUGUCGCUCAAAGCAGCCACCAGCCUGCCCCACCGCCCCCCCCUCCACUGCUCCUCUCUAAUCCCAGUCCUCUGCUUCUCUCUGAGGCUGGUGCUGUGGCUGGGCAGGCUAAAGGACUCGUGGUGCUCUCUACCCUGGCUGCUGUUUAUCUCCCUGGCCUCACACCACAUCCGAGACGGGGUCCGCCAUGGCCUGUGGGUGUGUCCGUUCGGCAACACGGCCCCCAUCUCAUAUUGGCUGUAUGUGAGCAUCACAGCCACCCUGCCACACCUGUGCUCUGUGCUCAUGUACCUGACAGGAACUCGAGACGUGAUCUCCACCAAGCACGGCAUCGCCAUUGACAUCUGAUGGAAGGAAGGGCCAACACUACGCCUCCCUAAUAGCACUCUAUUCCCUAUAUAGUGCACUACUAUUGGCCAGAACCCUAUUCCCUAUAUAGUGCACUACUAUUGACCAGAACCCUAUUCCCUAUAUAGUGCACUACUAUUGGCCAGAACCCUAUUCCAUAUGUAGUGCACUACUAUUGACUAGAACCCUAUUCCCUAUAUAGUGCACUACUAUUGGCCAGAACCCUAUUCCAUAUGUAGUGCACUACUAUUGACCAGAACCCUAUUCCCUAUAUAGUGCACUACUACAGACCAGAGCCCUAUUCCCCAUAUAGUGAAUAGGGCUCUGGUCAAUAGUAGUGCACUAUAUAGGGAAUAGGGUUCUAUAGGGAUCUGGUCUAAAGUAGUGCACUAUAUAGGGAAUAGGGCUCUGGUCUAAAGUAGUGCACUAUAUAGGGAAUAGGGUUCUAGUCUAAAGUAGUGCACUAUAUAGGGAAUAGGGCUCUGGUCUAAAGUAGUGCACUAUAUAGGGAAUAGGGUUCUAUAGGGAUCUGGUCUAAAGUAGUGCACUAUAUAGGGAAUAGGGCUCUGGUCUAAAGUAGUGCACUAUAUAGGGAAUAGGGUUCUAGUCUAAAGUAGUGUACUAUGAAGGGAAUAAGGUGCCAUCUGGUACACCGGUAAACCCCACAAUGCCUCAGCCUCACUCGUCUAUUUUCUUCACCCCAUGGGAGUGAUCACGUCUUCUUCCUCCACCACCCCCCCACUAAACUGCCCCCUCCCUCCCUCCUCUAGUCCGUCACUCUCAGGCUGGGAGGCUGUGUCCUGUGUGACUGUCAGUGCAGUAGUGUGUGGAAGUGCUUGAUGUCGAGCUGUGAGGUAUCUUAUAGCCUUGUAAUUACCAGACUGAUUACUGCUGUGCUGUCAGUGCAGCUAAGCAGAAUGUAGGGAGGAGUCGGAUGGUUGUACGAGGGUAUUUUACUGACGGGGUCAAAGGGAAAGGCGACAUUCUAAUUCUCUACUCUUCUCCUGAAGUGUCCACUUGGAUGGAAUGGAAGGUCCUAGGGAGCAGAGCAGUACAUUAUGAAGCUGAAGGUCCUAGGGAACAGAGCAGUACAUUAUGAAGCUGAAGGUCCUAGGGAACAGAGCAGUACAUUAUGAAGCUGAAGGUCCUAGGGAACAGAGCAGUACAUUAUGAAGCUGAAGGUCCUAGGGAACAGAGCAGUACAUUAUGAAGCUGAAGGUCCUAGGGAACCGAGCAGUACAUUAUGAAGCUGAAGGUCCUAGGGAACAGAGCAGUACAUUAUGAAGCUGAAGGUCCUAGGGAACCGAGCAGUACAUUAUGAAGCUGAAGGUCCUAGGGAACCGAGCAGUACAUUAUGAAGCUGAAGGUCCUAGGGAACCGAGCAGUACAUUAUGAAGCUGAAGGUCCUAGGGAACAGAGCAGUACAUUAUGAAGCUGAAGGUCCUAGGGAACAGAGCAGUACAUUAUGAAGCUGAAGGUCCUAGGGAACAGAGCAGUACAAUAAGAAGCUGAAGGUCCUAGGGAACAGAGCAGUACAAUAAGAAGCUGAAGGUCCUAGGGAACAGAGCAGUACAUUAUGAAGCUGAAGGUCCUAGGGAACAGAGCAGUACAUUAUGAAGCUGAAGGUCCUAGGGAACAGAGCAGUACAUUUCUAAGUGUUUGUUAUUGGUGGAGCCUCCAGUUGCUGCCUGAUGUUAAGUGAUGAUGUAGUACUCAUUAGGUGAUGGCAUGUUUUAACAUGAGUUUUUAUCUAUAUAAUCGAGAGAAGAUGACAUUUGGAGAGACGCUGUUUAAACAUUCCUUUAAUAUGUUCCUACUUUGUGAUCAUAAUAUUUGAGUUGUAUUAGUCGGUGUUCUGAUGAGGGUGAACAGCUGUGGGUAUAUUCACUAGGUACUGAACGGAGUAAGACAGGUUUAAAACAGGCCCGGGAUUUAACCUGAACUUGUUUAAAAAUAAACACUUGUUUUUUUUUUUGUUGCUAAACUUGUUGCUUUGCAAAAUAUUUCGCUAAAUUGUGCACUAUGAAUAUACUGUGGCUGUGUGCUGCAGUUUGACCACCUGGCCUGCAGAGGGCAUCAAUGAGUCAACUUAUUAUACACUCUUAUGUUUAACCAUAUGUCAUGUCCAUUAUCAUUAUGCAUCAAGAUAAUCAUUGCUGCGGUCUUUAUUCACAGUGUACUGAAUGAAAUAUGUUUCAUAAUUCACAUGCAUUUGAUUUGUUUGAAUAUUAUAUCUUGAAUUAGAAUUUUAAAUGUUAAGUACACUACACUGACCAAAAGCAUGUGGACACCUGCUCGUCCAACGUCUCCUUCCAAAAUCAUGGGCAUUAAUAUGGAGUUGGUCCCCUCUUCGCUGCUAUAGCAGCCUCUUCUGGGAAGGCCUUCCACUAGAUGUUGGAACAUUGCUGUGGGGACUUGCUUCCAUUCAGCCACAAGAGUAUUAGUGAGGUUGGGCACUGAUGUUGGGUGAUUAGGCCUGGCUCGGAGUCGGCGUUCCAAUUAAUCUGAAAGGUGUUUGAUGGGGUUGAGGUCAGGGUUCUAUGCAGGCCAGUCAAGUUCUUCCUCACCACUCUGGACAAAUCAUUUCUGUAUGAACUUCUCUUUGUGCACGGGGGGGCAUUGUCAAGCUGGAACAGGAAAUGGUCUUCCCCAAACCCUUGAAGCUUCAGACAAACAGUUCUUAACAUGACGUUGCUUCCAGAGGCAGUUUGGAACUCUGUAGUGGGUGUUGCAACCGAGGACAGACGAUGCUUCAGCACUCGGCGAUCCCGUUCUGUGAGCUUGUGUGGCCUACCACUUCACAGCUGAGCCGUUGUUGCUCCUAGACGUGUCCGCUUCACAAUACAGCACUUCCAGUCACCCGGGGCAGCUCUAGCAGGGCAGAAAUUUGACGAACUGACUUGUUGGAAAGGUGGCAUCCUAUGACUGCUCUACUGGCAGUGUUUGUCUAUGGAGAUUGCAUGGCUGUGUGCUCAAUUAUUAAUUAUUUUAAUACAGUUCUGAACGGGUGUGGCUGAUGUAGCCAAAUCCACUAAUUUAAAGGGGUGUCCACAUACUUUUGUGUAUAUAUAUAGUGUAUAUCUUAUUUUGAUAUUGGUACCUUGUGUUGUAAAGACUGGAUGGAUUCAAAGUUGUUCUUUUUCCAAAAUAAAUCUGUGCCCUGGACCACU